UCAUCUUCAUCUUCAUCAAGAGUUAAUAGUUUUUACCGUGAAACCAAAUUGUUGAAAUUAGUUUACUUUUUUGUUUUAAUGUUGAGAGAUUUAAUUUCUCAACAAUCAACUAAUCAUGUGCUCGGUGAAAAUUUUCUUACAAUUAACGUUAAUUGGCUCGUUACUAUUAACUGGUCAAUCUCGUCCUCCCUGGUCAACUAAAUCCAAUCAAAAAUGUGGCUACGAAUUCUGUCCUCACCUCGAACCCGAUAUGAUUAACGUUCAUUUGGUUUCUCAUACUCACGAUGAUGUCGGUUGGUUGAAAACUUAUGAACAAUAUUAUUGGGGACAAAAAACUGGAAUCCAAAGAGCGGGAGUUCAGUACAUUUUGAAUUCGGUCAUUCCCGAACUGGCUAAAGACCCAAAGAAAAGGUUCAUCUACGUUGAGACCGCUUUCUUUUGGCGCUGGUGGUACCAUCAGGACGAAGAGAUGAAAAAUCUUGUCAAGCAAUUAGUUAAUCAAGGGCGAUUAGAGUUCAUUGGUGGAGGUUGGAGUAUGAACGAUGAAGCGACUACACAUUAUAGCGCCAUUAUUGACCAAAUGGCUUAUGGACAUCGUUGGUUGGCCACAACUUUUGGUAAAUGUGGUAUUCCAAGAGUGGCCUGGCAGAUUGACCCGUUCGGACAUUCACGAGAACAAGCGUCAUUAUUUGCACAAAUGAACUUUGAUGGACUUUUCUUCGGUCGAUUAGAUUGGCACGAUAAAACUCAACGAGAAAUCGACAGGACAAUGGAAAUGGUUUGGUCGGGAUCGGAUGAUCUCGGUGAACGGGCUAAUUUAUUCACGGGGGUUCUUCCAAAUGGUUACAAUCCACCCGAUGGUUUUUGUUUCGAUGAUACUUGUUCGGAUGAGCCAAUGAUCGAUGAUACAACAUCACGAGAGUAUAAUAUUCCAGAAAAAGUGGCCAAUUUCACCCGAAUAAUUAACUCUCAGGCCAAAGAAUAUGCAACGAAUAAUUUAAUUCUCACAAUGGGCUCAGAUUUCCAAUAUCAAAAUGCACCAAUUUGGUUCAAGAAUCUCGAUAAGUUGAUUGCUGCCAUGGAAGCCGAAAAGCGAAACGGAUCGAAAAUAAAUGUUUUCUAUUCGACUCCAUCUUGUUACCUGUACAGUUUAUAUCAGGCCAAUCGUACUUGGACUUUAAAAAGUGACGAUUUCUUCCCCUAUGGAUCAGAUGACAACUCUUUUUGGGCUGGGUUUUACGUUAGUCGACCAGCACUCAAAUACUAUGAACGCGUUUCCAACAACAUUUUCCAGGCCAUUAAACAAAUUCACGUUGCCGCUAAUUUGACGGACGAAGCGGCGUUUGAUGCCGUUGCCAAUUUCCAUCAAGCAAUGGGAAUCCUUCAGCACCACGAUGCCGUCGCUGGAACUGAAAAGCAACUAGUCGCUUACGAUUAUGCUUACAUCUUGGACAGCGCAAUCAAACAAUCAAUGGACCUGAUUAACAGAGCAUAUUCAACACUCAUGGUCAGAGAUAAAUCGAAACAAAUUCCCCAACCCACUCACACUCUUUGUCUUGGACUGAAUAUAAGUCAAUGUGAAAUAACGGAGACCAAUGACAAAGUGAUCGUCACUCUUUACAACCCAUACGCUCACGAAUACGAUUAUAAAGUUCGCCUCCCUUGGGAUCAAUCGGGAUACACAAUUACUGGACCUACUGGCGAUUCAGUUCAAGGAUCUGUUGUCCCUAUCGCUGAUUUCAUGAAAGAUUUCCCCGAGCGAAACAGCAACGCUUCAACGGAGCUAUUAUUCACCGCGGUUUUACCUGCACUCGGAUUUGUGACCUAUUAUGUUGAAAGAAGUCAAUCAAAUGUACAAAACUCUCGAGCCAUCGCCAUGAAUAGUAGACAAGAUGAGCCACUUGUCGCAGUCGGUAAAAAUUUCACUGCAAAUUUUGAUGCUGGCACUGGACUCAUUCAAUCAGUUACUCUUUCCAAUGGUCAGCUGAUCAAACUACGACAAAAGUACCAAUGGUAUGCAGGUAUGAAUGGAAAUAAUUCCAAGGCCACUAAUCGUGCUUCUGGAGCUUAUAUCUUCCGUCCCAACGGUUCAGCGCACGAUUACCCAGAUACACCCAGUUAUAAACUUUACAAGUCGUCAGAUGUGUUUGAACUUCACCAGGUCAUUUCAGAUCACAUUUCACAAAUAAUCAGAAUCUAUCCUGAUGACCCGUUUAUUGAAUUUGAUUACAAAAUUGGACCAAUUCCUAUCGACGAUGAUGUUGGUAAAGAAAUAAUUAGUUCAUUUGAAACUGAUCUUAAAUCGAAAGGUGUUUUCUACACCGACUCCAAUGGUCGACAAAUGGUUAAACGUACUCGAGACUUUAGACCAACUUGGAAAUAUCAAGUUAUCGAACCAGUCGCUGGAAAUUAUUAUCCAGUUAACAGUCGAAUUAGUUUACAGGAUGAAGUCAAAGUUCAACUUGUAGUUCUUAGCGAUCGAUCUCAAGGUGGAACAAGUUUAACCGAUGGUCAACUCGAGUUAAUGGUCCACCGUCGUUUACUUCACGACGAUGCUUUCGGUGUGGACGAAGCUCUGAACGAGCCCGGAGUUGAUGGUCAAGGACUAGUAAUUCGAGGAAAACAUUAUGUUCUAAUAUCGGACAUACUCACAUCCAACAAACUCCACCGAGACAAGGGUGUCAAACUUUUCAUGGCUCCAGUGGUCACUUUCGCUCCGGUUGCAUCGUUUGAAGAUUAUCGAGCCGAUUUCUUAACAAUUUACUCAUUCCUGAAGCAAGAACUUCCUCCAAAUGUCCACGUACUCACAUUGGAACAUAUUAAUGUGAACAAUUGGCUUGUUAGAUUAGAACAUUUCUACCAAACAACCGAUGAUCCUGAAGGACUUUCGAAAUCAGUUAAGAUCGAUUUCCGUGACCUAUUCGCCGCUAAAUCCGUUCACGGUGUCAAAGAAACCAUAAUGACCGCAACUCUAUUUUACUCUGAGGCGAAACGAUUAAAAUGGCAAACAGUUGAUUCACAAUUAGCUAAUGAGAUCGAUUAUGAAAUUGGUAAUGAGGUUCACGAUUUUGUGGUCACAUUAAAACCAAUGCAAAUACGAACUUUCUUAUUAAGAUUAGAUGAUUAACUUAAUCAGUUGGACAAUCAAAUUAACCUUUCCAAAUUUUCAUCUACUUUUAUAUUUUCAAUUUCUACUAAUUAUUUUUUUCGUAACAAUUAAAACCUAAACAUCAUAAAGAAAACAAGUUAAAAAAUUGUUGAUUAAAAUGUUAUCAUGAUCAUUUAUGCCUGGAAUUAAAAUUAAAUUAGAUUGUUCAA